ACCAUUUGUUAAUGAGCCUAUUGAAUCCAUGAUUUCUAUUUCUUCAUCCCAAGCUCGCAAAUCCCAUUCGGCGCCGGAGAUGCUCCGGCGUCUCCUCGCCGGCUCCUCUCUCCGGCCGUUCUCCUCCUCACCUUCUCCGAUCACCGCCGCAGACCUCGAAUCCCUCGUCCUCGCCCAGUACCACGGCGGCCGAUUCCACAACCUCCUCGCCACCACCAUCACCACCCCCUCCACCCUCGCCGCCGCCGCAUCCGCUCUCGCCGACCGUGCUCACUCCUCCCCAUCCUCCAUCGCCGCACCCAUCCUACUUGACUUCCCUUCCCACUGCUCCAAGCUCCUCCCCUCCCGCCUCAAGGGCCUCCCCCUCAUCCUCCCUGAUCUUCCCCUCAAGGUCCUCAUUGAAGCCCUCCGUUCCGUCCUUGAGGUCGUCUACAACCCCCGCCUCGCCACCUUCGCUUAUGGCGGCCGCCCCUCCCUUGGCCGCCACACCGCAGUCCGCUACCUUAAGGCCUCCGUCGAGAACCCUACCUGGUGGUUCCGGCCCGUUCUCCUACGCCAGCCUUUUGAUCACCGCCAUGUCUCCAGGUUGGCCUCUGUCCUUCGCGAAAAGAUUGACGACCCUCCUCUCAUCUCCCUCAUUGAGUCGCUUUUUGAAUCCCAAACCAUUGGGUUCCACCUCGGCUGUCACGAUCUCGGCCGCGGCCUUCCCCAAGAAUCCGGUUUGGUUCCUAUCCUUUUGAAUAUCUAUUUUGAUGUGUUGGAUAGAAAGAUUCAGGAAAUUAGAUCGGAAAUUCAUAAGAAAAAUCCUAGGAUUAAAGAUCCCAUUUUGGAUGCGAGUUCUAGGGUUUUUCAUAACCCGGUUAGGGUUUAUGCGGUUAGGUACUUGGAUGAGAUAUUGGUGAUUACUUCAGGGUCGAAAAUGCUGACAAUGAGUAUCAAAGAUCAGAUUUUUGAGUGUUUGGAGGGUGAGUUAGGGCUCAAAGUUGAUAGGCUGAAGAGUUCUAUACAUAGUGCUGUUUCAGAGAAGAUGAAUUUCAUGGGUUAUGAGCUCCAAGCAGUGCCGCCGUCAGUUUUGAAUCCACCUAUGUCAGAGAAGGCUAUUAGGGCGAGGAAGAAGUACCUCAAGAGAAAGGCGGCACAAGCCCAGGAGCUGAAGAAUGCACGGGAGACCAGAAGAAAGAAGCUAGGGUUGAAAAUCCUGAACCACUGUUUCAAGAAGCUCAAGAGAUGUCCGGAGGGAUUUAAGUUUGAUUUCGGAAUUGAGAAUGAAGUCAGGGAGAUUUUCAGGGGCUGGGCAGAUGAUGUAGUGGCAGAAUUUUUGCAGAACAGGGAGGAAUGCUGGAGUUGGCACAGGAUGCUUAGCUAUGGUGAUUUUUUGUCUUUGCCAAGGGUGAGAGAUCAACUGCCUCUGGAGUUGGUGGAAGCCUUUGACCGGUUUCAACAGAAUGUGGACAAGUAUUUGAUGCCAGUGAAGCCUAGCAAGGUAAUAGAAGAGGAGGAGAGAAGAGAGGAAGAUGAGGAGGAGAGGACUUAUGCAAGGAGGACUGUGGAGGACUUGGCCAAGUUGCGCAUGAGGGUGAAUGCUCCUGUGGAGCUUGUAAGAAAAGCAGUUAAAUUGGCUGGAUUUACAAAUUCCAUGGGGCGUCCUAGGCCAAUCAAGCUGCUCGUUUGCUUGGAUGAUGCUGAUAUUAUCAAAUGGUAUGCUGGUGUUGGCAGGAGAUGGCUUGACUUCUUCUGUUGCUGCCAUAACUUCAAGACAGUGAAGAUGGUUGUGAAUUAUCACUUGCGGUUUUCUUGUUUCCUGACAUUAGCUGAAAAACAUGAAUCAACAAAACUUGAAACUAUUAAGCAUUACAAGAAGGAUCUGCAGGUUAUCGAUGGACAGGGUGUGAGGGAAGUUAAUUUCCCUACUGAGAGGGAGAUAAAAAUGAUGGGUGAAGGAAAUCUUUCUGAUCCAAAGCCUGUGGAUAGUACCCUCUGUCUUAUUCUUGCUAGAUUAGCAACCAAUGAACCACAAUGUUGUUGUGUGGCCCAUUUUUGUGAUAGAAUGGAUACUACUCUUUAUCGGGUUCGUUUGUUGCAAAGUCGUUUAAAUGUUGACCCUUUGAAUGAGAAUAAAUGGGUACCUGGAAUGGGUGCUAUUCAUGAAAGUUUGAAUAAAAAAUGUCUUCCACUAUGUGCAAAACAUUCUAGCGAUCUAUUGUUGGGCAGGAUCACUCUACAGGACAUUGAUUGUACCUCAAGUUUAAAUUUGGAAUAAGCAACUAAGUGUAAAGUUCACCUACCACUAUAAUUUAGGUCAAUCUUGCAAACCUUGCUAGUGAAGAACAAGCGGUCACUGAUUUGGAGAACUUGCUAUAUAUACACACACACAGACAUGUGCCAUACCCAGUGGCACCUCUAACAAGUGUUGUUUCCAAGCCAAGGCUACUAACUGGUGUCUUCUAUGCAAGAAAAGAUAAACCUCCAAGAAUGAUAACUGAUGAACAUAUGUGUUGCUUCCAAGGUUCUCCAAUACAGCUUGUCGCAUCCAGGUGGCUUUCAGUUCUGGGAAUGGAAGGCAAUAUUGCCAGAGCUUAUGGUUGGUUUAAGGUAGUGCGGUGUUGUGACAGUUUCUGAGGAAUUUGUCAACUUUGUCUUCUCAGACUCGCCUUUUUUCGGGGUUGAAGGGGCAGAGCUGCUCCUGGAUUUGUGCUAAGAAUUCCGACGUGGUUAUCUGGAAUCGGGUUUUAUCAGAACAGUAGUCAUUGAUCAUGUGGUUGAUCCAGACCCCACCGGGACUGGCAAUCUUUACAGCAUGCACAGAAUGGUGCUUUGCUCCAGUCUAUCUUCUCCAACUACUCCUCUUGCUGCCCAGUGAUCAGCUUUCUACAAUGUAGAGAGUUCUAUCCCCGCGGGCUGUGUUUUACGGUCUCGUUACUUGUACGACUUAAAUGUCUCCUAUUUCUCAAAAAAGUGAUUCGAUUGAUGUGUUAAGAGUGAAAGUCAGCGGAAGAAUCAAACCAGACGGUCACUCUCUUCUCUCGAUCUUCCUUGCCAUUCGGGUACGCAUUGGUUUGUAAUGUGUACACCUGCCCUGAUCUAGUUCCGACGAACUCAAAAUCAAGCUUGUCUUGAAUCUCGUCGGUGUCCGAGUUCAGCUACAACAGACACAACAGAGGUCAUCCUCCAUUCUAGUGUUACUACUCAAAGUACACAUGCAUGCAAUACAUAUGUAGAAUGCUGUGACUGCGCCGGCAGAGUUGCCAUGGAUGAGCUUGAUCUUCAUCUUCAUUUUCACUGACAUGAACUAGUUCUUUGAAACAAAUCCACAACAUUAAAGAUAGAUCAUCAUCAAACUCAAAGAUUGAUCAAGAGUGAGCUGGAUGGAGGUGCCAUUUAUGAGUUGCAUGAUGUGAGACUUAGACCAAGUUGUUUGAAUGAGAAUAUUAAGUACUGUGAAAAGAUGGAGAUAUUAAUAAUUGAAGCAUGAUUUCUAAUUA